UAAAAAUUAGGUCUUAAAUGACCAUCUGUUCAAAGUGAGCUCUGAGAAAAUGUACUCGUUGGUCCUGAGACUUUGUGUACCUUGGCCCACUGCUGGGUAACCCUGAGGAUCUGAGGAUACCCUGUUUGAGAAGCACAGUUGUAGGGCAUAACUGGAAGCUGAGAAGUCUGGAGAAGUAUGUGUUUUUAAAACCUGUGACAGUUUAGUAUAGAGUGUAAAAGUUUGUGAGGAGCGGAACGGCAAUCCAUCUGCAAAACGUAUACUACACAGCUGCCUAAUGAAGAAAUCCGGAUGUCUUAUCUCAGUGAAUAGCAUUUCCUUUAAAACAGCCCAGUGUAUUCCACCCUUUACUGAGAGUCAAGUCAACUGUUUCCCUGACUGUGGGAGUGCACCAGCUGUAAUCCUGGGGAAAGUUAUACAUCACAUUUAUUUUUUUCAUUAUGCAAAGGGAGAUUAAAAUGCUUGCUGCCUACUCCUGUCAUCAGGUGUUGUAAGGAAGGAUUAAUGAGAUCAUGCUGGCAAUGUGCCUUACCCCCCCUGGAAUAAAUGGGCAUGGAAAAUACCAAGGAUUAUGUGACCAGGAGUUUAACCCAGGCCUGGCUGUACUCUGCUAUUAAGCUUCUGUUUAUUUUUGUUGACAUGUUGCUUUAAAAAAUAAAAUGAAGUGCUGUAUGAAGCUGAAGGCCCAUUCAGUAGGUGUGAUAAUAUCCCUGUGGCAAAAUGCAGAGCCGGCCUCUUGGCUUCACGUGUUUUAAUUUGCUGUCCUGCUCAGGAAUCCUGCGAGCUUGAAUACUGCAUAUUGGAUUGGACACUUUUGCCGUAGGCCUCUUACUGCAUUUUGCAGCUUCAAGUCUGUUUGUGGAGACUGGCUGCUUGAAAACUGUAGGCUGUCGUUUUUUUAGAGCAUAUUUUAAACCUUGUGCCCUUCUUGAGUGCUAAAUUGUCAUUCUGGUGACCUGCCCUGCAUUCUCCCCUGGGGCUUGUGAUUCAUGCUGUCACUGCGAGGGAGGGGCAGAUGGGAUGAGAGAAAGCAAAGCCUUCAGUGAAGCCUGUGGUCCUUUUGUGAGUGGCCCAGCAGGGAUGCUGGUUCCUGGAGUGCACAGCCUCCUCUCUGGGUAGAUCUCCCGUGAUUUCAGUGUAGAAACUUCCCUUGGGCUGUGGCAGGAUGUGCUCAUCCAUCUUUAGGUAGCCAAGACCCAGCUGGUGCCAGAGUGUUCAGAAAGACAUGAUUUCUCAAUGACCCAUGAAUGAAGCUACUGUAAUAGAGAACAGCAAAGUUUAAAAUAAUGUUGAUAUUCAGAAUGGCAGGACUGGGCGAGGUGGAAAUGAGAUGGGAGAAAUAUAAUUUUAAACUUUUAAAAUUCCACUGAAGUAUAAUGCUUAAUUGUUUGUGGAUUCUAAGCAAUGAGUUAGGCACAUCUAAGAAUAGCUUUUUAACAUGAAUGAAUCUUUUUAUGAGCUGAGCUUCAAUGAAGAAUAAGUUGGUCACGCAAAUUGUUUUUUAGUGGUCUGUUUUAAAUAUUUUAGGGCUAGGAUUAAAAAAAAAUUUAGGACUGUAAAGAAGUCUGACCCCAAAGCAACGCUAUUUAUAGUAAUAGUUCUGUUAUGUAGCCCAGUGAAGACAUCUGUGUCACUUUGUUUCUAAUGCUGUGUUUUCUUUGAGUUUCAAAAUAUGCAAAAGGAGUGACUUGGAUGUAAAAUGGAGACCGCUGGCGCUGAGUGAGUUGAGAAUAGUUGCAGACACAAGAGUCUUUUGUGCUUCUCUGGGAAUAAACAGCCAGUUGAGAGCCACUGCACACUCCAGCAGCUGUGGAGAUGAAGGGAGACCUUGCGGUAGAGAAGUUCAGAGUCGUUGGGUGCUCAUGAGGGGGAAAAUCGUCUUUCCUUUGAAUUGGUUCUGAGGCAACCUAAUCCUUGAAGUAAAAAAGCAGAGACAUUUGUUUGGGUUAACAAUGCAUCAGCACAUUCCCAGAGUGUUGCCAAGGCCAAAUAUGAAUUUUUAUUUGGCAGAUCUGAAGAGAAAACUCCAGAUACUAUUUCAGGUCCAGUGGAUUGACACAGUUUCUGCAGAAUUCACUACAGUAUUGACAUCUUUCCCUUUUCCUGCAUGGUGGCUUCCAUGUGGUGAUCAUGGAGGAAGCACUUUACUCCCACCACAUGUCACAAAUGAAUUUCCAGAAUAUGGGACCAUGGAGGAAAGUGGAGAAAGCCUAAGAGCUUCUCUCAAGUUUGAUGCAGAGUCUCUGCCAUGUUGCCCACAAGGGCAGCAGGGGGUCCAGCUUCUUGCCGGCCACCACUCUGGGCUUGACAGUGUUACGGAAGGACCAAAAGAUGUUGGAGAGCCCCCCUCUCAAAGUCAUCUCAAGGAACAAAGUUUACAACCCAUUGACUCUUUGAUUUCAGCUCUGAAAGCCACAGAAGCCAGAAUAGCUUUAGGAACAUUACAGGCUACAAAGGUACUAGACAAAGAUGCUGCUUCUAGUUUGUCAGUUCAGCAGGUGGAAAAAGAGGUGGACACUGACAGUCAGAAAGUACAGAGAGCCAACAAACUGUUCUCUGCUGGCCAAGAAAAAUCACCAGAUAGACCUUUCUCAGCUGAAGUUAUGACUGAGGACAGUUUGUGUUUGAGCAUCCAGAAGGAUCUGACGGUACUGUUAACUGGAGAAACUCAGGCAGAGCUUCCCCAGAUAACCACUGGGAGAAGAGGGGCUCUCCACGUGCAGAAGCCAGCUUGUCCAGUCUCCGCUGUGGGGAGCCCAGCAGCAACCCACGACUCUGCGGGCAGUGUUGGUGUUUUGAGAGAGAGAAGGUCUGAUCUGGGGCGAGAGCACCCAGGGGGCUGUGAUCGAGGCGGCUCUGCGGGACGCCCAGGCCGGGUCAAACAUGUGGGAUUUCAGGGGGUGGAAAUAUUGUGGACAGGAGGGGAGAAAGGAGAGACAUGGCAUCCUGUGGAUUAUGAGACAUCAUUGGAAAGGACCACCUCUCUUGAAAGCAAAGAGUUUUCCAAAGUGCCAGACCAUCUCGUCUCAUCUGCUCGUUUAUGUAAUUCAAUUGGUUUAACUGAGAAUGUUUGGGAUGGAACCUGGAGAGCACCUUCAGAGAGGCCUGGCGCCAGCUCAGGGACAUUUUCCCCUGCCCCUCUUGUUGAGAGUGGAGAGGAUGAAGUCUUCCUAAAGGAAAACAAAGAACAUCUUGAGAAGAAGCCUGAACUGGAGAGAGACCAGGAAAGGAUUCUUGAGCAAGAAGAGCACUUUAGGGGAGGAGAUGACGACACCCUUGGGCCUGGGGGUGCAGAAGACUCCACUGACGUAUACAGUUCCCAGUUUGAAACCAUUUUGGACAACACUUCUUUAUACUACAGUGCGGAGUCCUUGGAGACAUUGUACUCAGAGCCUGAUAGCUAUUUCAGCUUUGAAAUGCCCCUCACUCCAAUGAUACAGCAGCGCAUUAAAGAAGGCAGUCACUUCCUGGAGAGGACGUCAGUGGGAGGACAGCAAGACAUUCUGAGUGUCUCAGCAGAUGGUGGCAUAGUGAUGGCCUCUUCUAGUGGGCUCACCAAUGGGCUGAAUGAGGCCAGUGACUCCAUCCACAUGAAAGGCACCCCCCCGGAGAUUGUUUUCUGGGGAAGCAACGCUGGGGUGAAAACAACAUUGCUAGAGGCUCAUUCUGAAAUGGGGAGCACUGAAAUUCUGGAAAAGGAGACCCCGGAAAGUCUCAGUAAUGGUACCAGCAGCAACAUGGAAGCAGCCAAAAGGUUGGCCAAACGCCUUUAUCAACUAGACAGAUUCAAAAGAUCGGAUGUUGCAAAGCACCUAGGCAAGAACAAUGAAUUUAGCAAACUAGUUGCUGAAGAAUAUCUGAAGUUUUUUGAUUUUACAGGAAUGACGCUGGAUCAGUCUCUCAGGUAUUUCUUUAAAGCAUUUUCUCUUGUGGGAGAAACUCAAGAACGAGAGAGAGUUUUAAUACACUUCUCCAAUAGAUAUUUUUAUUGUAACCCAGAUACCAUUGCUUCACAAGAUGGGGUCCAUUGCCUCACCUGUGCGAUGAUGCUUCUCAACACAGAUCUCCACGGCCAUAAUAUUGGAAAGAAGAUGACCUGCCAGGAGUUCAUUGCAAACCUCCAAGGGGUAAAUGAGGGUGGUGAUUUCUCCAAGGAUCUCCUGAAAGCUCUGUACAACUCAAUCAAGAAUGAGAAGCUUGAAUGGGCAGUAGAUGAUGAAGAGAAAAAAAAAUCUCCAUCAGAAGGUACUGAUGAGAAGGCUAAUGGAACGCAUCCAAAGACCAUCAGUCGUAUUGGGAGUACUACCAACCCAUUCUUGGACAUUCCUCAUGACCCAAAUGCUGCUGUGUACAAAAGUGGAUUCUUGGCUCGGAAAAUCCAUGCAGAUAUGGAUGGAAAGAAGACUCCAAGAGGACGGCGAGGGUGGAAAACCUUUUAUGCUGUGCUGAAGGGGACAGUUCUUUACUUGCAAAAGGAUGAAUAUAAGCCAGAAAAGGCCCUGUCUGAAGAGGACUUGAAGAAUGCCGUGAGUGUGCACCAUGCACUGGCGUCCAAGGCCACGGACUACGAGAAGAAACCAAACGUGCUUAAACUUAAAACUGCCGAUUGGAGGGUCUUGCUCUUUCAAGCCCAGAGUCCAGAGGAAAUGCAAGGGUGGAUAAACAAAAUUAAUUGUGUUGCAGCUGUAUUUUCUGCACCACCAUUUCCAGCAGCCAUUGGGUCUCAGAAGAAGUUUAGUCGCCCACUUCUGCCGGCCACUACCACGAAAUUGUCUCAGGAGGAACAGCUGAAAUCUCAUGAAAGCAAGCUGAAGCAGAUUACCACCGAGCUGGCCGAGCAUCGCUCGUAUCCCCCAGACAAGAAAGUUAAAGCCAAGGAGAUCGACGAAUACAAACUGAAAGAUCACUAUCUGGAGUUUGAGAAAACCCGUUAUGAAAUGUACGUCAGCAUUCUGAAAGAGGGAGGCAAGGAGCUCCUGAGGAACAGUGAAGGCGAGGCCGCGGGGCUGAAGAAGUCACAUUCCAGCCCGUCGCUGAACCCAGACUCCUCUCCCGUCACUGCCAAGGUCAAGCGGAACGUGUCAGAGAGGAAAGAUCACCGACCUGAAACAGCAAGCGUUAAGCAAAAAGUUACUUAGAAUCCGCCUAGGACCAGGAUGCUGGUCAUGGGGAAUAGAGUUUUUCAAGAUCCUUCUGGUAAAUCCAUGAGUAUAUUUAAAAAAAAAAGUCUGUGACUAAAUGGUGCAUUAGUAACCUUUUCUAUUGUAUAUUUUUGUUAGUUUCUGUACAGAUUGUCUCCUUGCUCUUGAUUUCUUUGCUUUGAUGAGUUUUGCUACUUGGUAACUAAUGCACCUUUUCUGUGAGGGGAGGGACCACGAUUUCAGAAUGAAAGCCGUCUCACUUCUCCUUUGGUUUUCUCUUGUUUGCACUCUACUCAGUUGUUUUAUGUGUUCUCAAAUCAGCUAUUAUACUUUUUUUUAAGGUUAAAAAAUUUAAUCCAUUGUGAAACCCUUAACUGGACAAACUUUGUAGUUUAGUGAAUUCUAGCCGGAGUUAAUAGAAACCUUUAUAUGUGAAAUCUUGCCGGGUCACAGAGGUGGAACCGAGCACUCACGGAGGUUCAGCCGAGAAUUACAGUUACGGGAGUCGAGAGGCCCGCGGCGGUGCAGCUCUACCUGCAUCUUAGCGCUUCUGUUGAGGUCGGACCCUGCUGGAAGCAGGCAGAGGGGGUGUGAAGGUCGCAGGACAGGGAGCUCAGGAAGCACUAGCUUGCCGGAAGUGUCGACUCCCUUUCAGCCAAGCAAGGGAAGAGGAAGUGGAAUCUUUUCGCUGUUGAAGGUUGCCAGGAAGAUGACAGCACGUUCCUGUGGUUCUGUCGAGGACCGUGGGGGCUGCACCAGUGGGCGUGUGUGUGGCCUGCAGGAAAUUGUCCCCUUGCUCCCACAGGGUCUGGACCAGGGAUGCGGACUCCUUCCUGUUGUCACACCCUGCCAUCCAGGAAUUAGAUUCUUUUCUAUGUUAUAUAGGCAUGGUGUUAUCUCCUGGCUGUAAGAAUAUUGGGGUCUUCCUAAUGCAAUAAUGUGGGAAAAGGACCCCCUUUUGUUCUUUUCCUAAAGAAAACAAAAUAAGAAAGGAAAAAGUAGUUGCAGUUGCCGGCAACGGAAUAUUGAUUCUUUAAAAUCAACUUGAAAGUAAAAAAUAGUCUGAAUGAAUUAUGGUUGGAAAACUGAGGAAUCUGCUGUUGCAUAUGCAAAGUUACUUAAUUUACUCUUAUCUCAGCCUCUUUGAUAGCCACUUGACUUUGCUACUACUGAACUUUCUCCUAAAAAGAGACACUUUAUUUUAAAUCAUUUCUUCCUGUCUUCUCGAAAUAGUUCUGUGAACCUUACAGUCACGAGCCUGUUGGAAUGAGGUCCCUCUGGAAUUCAGGGUGAUAAACAGGACAUUCUCUCGUGGAGGAAGACAAGAGUGAAAACUGAGCCCACAGUGAAUUAGAACUUUCUGAUUUUGAAACCUGUGAGCCUGAAAUCUGUAAUCUCCACAACUUCAGAACUAUGGAAUCACUUUGAAUACUCUUUCCCUCCCACAGAAAUUUCCUCUGUUCCACUCAGUUUAUGAAUUAAAGGUACUCUGACCAAAGAAGUAGGGACUCCGCAUGAAUAGCGUGGUUCCAGCGAGUUAGAGAAGACCCACUGUUAAACCGUGGUGGUGUCUAGUGGGGUGGUGUUCUGACGCAGAGGGUUAUCUAUUAACAUUUACUUCCUUCACCCGUAUGAAUGCCCAUCUUUGCUGGUGCCCAGGAAAGAGAAAGGCCUCUCUGAGGUGGCAGCUGCUUGCUUUGUGAUAAGUAUUUUGCCUCACCUUUGAAAGACUCACUCUGACUCUCUGUCUUGUUAGGUAAAGGGAUAGAUUCAAUUUAUGUUUCAAAACAGAAGCAAACAGGGUAGUGGCCAAUAUGGCCCAUGUACCUGAUUCAUUUUCGUAGCUUCUGACUAAAUCCAAGAUUUCCACAAGGGAAUCAUCUUUCUUCCUAGAAUCUGAAUAAUCAGCCUGUUUGUUUUCUGCAUACAUAUAUAUCCUAAGCAGAGGGGAGAGAGGUACCUAGACUCUGUCAUCUCUGAGCUUCAAUAACUAAAGAAAAAUAACCAUCCCUGACUGGCUUGAAUGUGUUGGCCCACAGUGUGAGUGUGUCUGUGUAUAGAAUGUCUCUGUGUAUUUUACUUAUAGUGUGUAAUAGACAUGGAAUGGUACUUGUUACGUGUUGCUGACAUUUAGAGUGGUUCUGAGAUACUCGGCUAGCAUCAGCACCACGACAGCCUUGUUCCCAUUGUAUGACUCUCUCAUGCUAACGCAGGAGCCUCUGGCUGUGCUCAUAGAUAGUGGGUAAGAGGGCACUUUGGAAGCUGUGGAUACUCUCUUUCCAUAGUUUAUCUUUAAAAACAACUGCAAAGAUUAUUUUGAGAGCCAGGAUCCCAGAUAGCCCUGGCAUGAUAUUGUCCAUCUUUAGGGGAUGGGCUGAGAACACUCUCUGAGCCCUCUGAAAUGUUACUGCCUGUUGUCAGUGUACUCAGCAGGCCAAGAGUUUAUCCUGUAGGAGGAAAUGCCUCUGAUGUGACUAGAUUCUGAAAAUCUUACCCAUAGCCAACCACAUUUUCUUUUGUGGUAAUUUCUUUCCUAUGGUAUCUGGUCAGAAGAAAUUGAAGACGUUUCCUUCCACAGCCUGCUGCCCAUUCACGGUACAGGGGAGUCACCUCCUCCUCUCCUUCCGAAGGGACACCCCCUCCCCACGCCCACUCCUCACCCCAACCUCAGCACAGGAGCCUUGGGAUUUCUCUCAUGUGACAAAUCAUUAUUCCUCUACACAUUUAUACACUUAACAUUAAUUUUUAGUAUAGAAAAUCUGAUAGUCAUCAAAAUACCUUGGUAAUAGUCUUGUUGCCAAACUGACCAUGGAAGUGGCCCACGUGUCAGAUCCGUGAGUGUCUCGGGGUUCGUUCUCCCACCUCACAGGCUGACUUUUCCAGGAGGUGUCAGGAAUUCCUUGGUGGCAGUCAAAACUUAAUUCCUAGCAUGCAGAGUCCUUAUUUUAUUGCCAGGCCAUACACAUUAUUUGAAGUGUGCUUUUUAAAAACAUCAUUUUGCUAAGUCUUAGUAAUGCCUAAUUAAACCAAGCAAUACUUCUGUGCAUUUUAGUUAGUCUCAAUCAAACCAGCCUGUGGGAGAGUGCUGUGGUGGCACUGUGUUCCGGCUGUGUGUAACCUUUUCUGUCGCUCUGAGGUAGGGAGGGUAGAAAGCAACUGUGUUAGGCCCUCCCUACUCCUCUGACUGUUACAGUUCAGAAGACAAGCACUGCUUCCUAGUCAGAGUGCUAGGAGGGAAUUCAUUCUAGACUAGGAGGACUGGCUGGCUUUCCAGGGCCAGGCUAGGGGUGGUUCUGUGGCCAAACCGCAGAGCUUCUGAGGCUGGAGAAGGGUUUACGUCACCACCAGCAGGGAGGCCCUUUGCCGCCUAGGCGCAGUUACACGGUUUCACUGGUCCUGCCCGCUGCCCCCGCUGUCAGGCAAAGGGCCCAGGACAGCGUUCUUCGCUAAGGCAGGGCCUGCUGUCACGGUGAGCCAGCAGUGUCUCUCCUCUGCCUUUAUCCUCGGUCAUAGACAGUUGAAAGAAAACCGACCUUAAGGAAGUUUCUCCGUGGUCUUACCAUCAAGGCUUUCUUGUGUUUAGUUAGUUGUCCUUGGGAUUUGAGCUCCUUUGGCAUUUUUCCUUGUAGUCGUCAGUUUAGCUUUGUUAAACCUCAAUUCACAGGGAGCAUUUUAGCCUUGUAGGUCCAGUCUCUGUAGUUUAGCUCUUAUGGACCUGGUCAAAUUUCAGCAGGUUGGUGGCCACCUUCCUUAAUUUCAGCCCCGAAUAGUCCCUUCUUCACUUUUCAAAUGACAGAAUUUUUUCCAACUGUAAAAUUAGCUCUGUUAAACAAAGAACCCAAGUGGCAUGCUACGACUUGUAAAAAGUGGAGCCUGCUCUGUGGCUAACAGUGCGGCUGUGGGUUUGAAUAGCAUCUGCUUUUCUCGCAGAGCAUCUGUUAUUCUGACAGAAAAGGGUCGGUCAGCUGUGCGGGCAGAUGAGCCUCUGGGCCCACCUUGCUCCAAAGCUCCCUGGCUGGCUGUUCUCCCAGGCCAGGCCACUCGUCUGCCCCAGCUCCGGCUUGUCACAUCCUACACCAUCAAGUCGUCCAGAGGAUGGCAGAGAUCAUAGUUCACCACAAAAUAAUCCCCACAGGUGACAGAGCAGUGCUUUUCACUGCCUCUCUCAGAUUCCUUUCAAACUUCGCACUCUGAAAAGGAGGGCUGAAGUCCAAAGUCAUUGGCAUUCUCCUUUUGUACCUACAGUAUCCGAAACCGAGUGGGCAGCCUUCUGCUGAGGACAGGAGCUGGCCCUUUGCAUGCAGGGAGAAUUUCUUCAAUAGGGAGAAUGUCAGGAAAUACUUGAAUCUGCAUGACGGUUGUUGACUUGAAUGCAACAGCAAGAAAAUAUCGCAAGUAUCUGUAUAUACAGUAGGUUUCCUUAAGUCUCUUUGGCUCAUCCUUUGUAAUUUAUGUGUGUAUCGGUAGUAUUGCAGACUUUUCGAGAAUAUUCAUAUAGAUAGUAUGUCAGACAUCAAAGAAAAUGCCUUCUGUCACCUGCCAAUGUUGUACUGUGGGUAUUUAUAGUUGUAUGUAUAUGUAUCAAUGUGUAGAUUGUCUAUCAGUAUAUGGUAUAUGUAUAUCAAAUUUAUUUUUGUUCUAAUAACCAGUGUGAUAUGAAAAGUAAAAACCUCAUAGGAUUGAGUAUAUAAUGCAGUUAUUGGGAGUAUAUAUAAUGGUACUGUUUUAUUAAACUUAAAUUCAAAUGAUAUUUUCAUUAAAUUUUUUUAAUAAUAA